GGCGUCGGUUGAAGGGCGGCUGCUCGCCCCGCCCCCUCGGGCCGGGCCGCCGCGCACCGGGGAGGCGUGUUCCGGGCUCUUGGUCCCAGUGCCGGGCGCCGGUUAAGAUCCCGCUCCCAGUCGCCGGAGCCAUGGAGGCGCCGGUGGAGGAGGAAGUCGGCCAUGAAGACGGCGACAGCACCUGCGGCGAUCUGUGCUUCAUGGACAAGGGCCUGAUGAGCAUAUCAGAGUUAUCUUUAAGUUCAACCCUUCAUGCCAUCAAUCUUCAUUGCAAUAAUAUCUCUAAGAUCAACGCCAUUGAUCAUAUUUGGAAUUUGAGACAUUUAGAUCUAUCAUCUAACCAAAUAAGUCAAAUUGAAGGGCUCAACACACUGACUAAACUAUGUACUUUGAAUUUGUCCUGCAAUUUGAUUACAAGAAUAGAAGGACUUGAAGCACUGGUUAAUCUGACUAGCCUGAAUUUAUCUUAUAACCACAUAAAUGAUCUUAGUGGUUUGAUUCCCCUUCAUGGGAUUAAAUAUAAACUUAGGUAUAUUGAUCUACAUAGUAAUUUUAUAGAUAGCAUCCAUCACUUACUUCAGUGUACGGUAGGAUUACACUUCUUAACUCAUCUUAUUUUGGAUAAAAAUGGAGAGGAUAAUCCUGUCUGUCGUUUACCAGGGUACAGAGCCGUUAUUCUCCAGACUUUGCCACAGCUUAGAAUCUUAGAUUGCAAGAACAUAUUUGGUGAACCAGUGAAUUUGUCAGAAAUGAAUUCACGUCUACAGUGCUUAAGUCUUUUGGAUAAUUUAAUUUCUUGUAAUUCUCCCCUAAAUAUAAGUGAAGAUGAGAUCAUUGACAGUAUACCAGUGGUAACACCACCCAUGGAUGAGAUUGCGCCUUUGGAUCAGUUCACACCUGCACAGACAGAGCCUGACUUGACAUCUUUUGUAUCUGUGUGUCCAUCUUCUGAACCAGAGAAAGUUAAUCAUGAAGACAGUUUUCAGAAUGAGGUGAAACGAAAAUUAUAUGAUCAAAUUUUACAGCUUCUCAGUGAUACUUCUAAUUCUUUAAUAGAUAAUGUUCCUGAGAAAGACCUUAAACCAAAAAUGGACUGUACAGAUGUGACUUCUGAAAGUGACUUUGGAAUCAGAAGAGAAUGCAAUAGAAAAAUUCCUCGAAGAUCAAAAAUUCCAUGUUACCACAGAACUAUUCAGUCUAUUAGGCACCACGGUAAAAAUAGCAACACCUUUAUAAGUUAUAAUCGUAAAAUGAAACCACCUUUCUUCAAAGAUGUGUAUGUAAGAUCAUCUUUAACAAGCAGUAAUAUAUUAGAAGAACCAGAAGUGCCAAAGAAUGAAAUAAUUAAAGUAGAGAGAAGUAACUCAGAAGACAACACGUAUCGGGCACUUGUUGAACAACUAGACCAAGAGAGAGAAAAGAGAUGGAAAGCUGAACAAGCUGAAAAGAAACUCAUGGACUAUAUUGAUGAAUUGCAUAAACAUGCAAAUGAGAAAAAUGAUAUUCAUAGCCUGGCUCUAAUUACAACUGACAGGCUAAAGGAAAUUAUUUUUAAAGAGAGAAGUUCUAAAGUACAACUUGAAAUUAUAGUUCACAAACUUCAGAAUGAAGUUAAAAAACUAACUAUUGAAUUGAUUAAAGCAAGAGAGCAACAAGAUGAGCACAUAACACAUUUAAGAACCCUGGAAAAAGCAUUAGAAAAAAUGGAGAGGCAAAAAGGGCAACAGCAAGCGGCUCAGAUGAGACUUAUUCAAGAGGUAGAACUAAAAGCGGCAGCUGCUGAUAGAGAAAUAAGCUUACUUAGAACUUCCCUUCAUCACGAAAAAGAACAAGUGCAACAACUUCAUGAACUUCUUGCAGUGAAAGAACAAGAACACAGGAAAGAACUUCAGACAAAGGAAUUUAUUAGUAAUGCUGAGUUCCAGGAUGCCCUAGCUAAAGAAAUAGCUAACGAAGAGAGAAAACAUGAGCAAGAAAUAAAAGAAUACCAAGAAAAAAUUGAUGCCUUAAAUCAACAGUAUGCAGAUUUAGAAAAUGAAUUCCGUAUUGCCUUAACUGUUGAAGCCAGGAGAUUUAAAGAUGUUAAAGAUGGUUUUGAAAAUGUUGCAACUGAGUUAGCAAAGAGCAAGCAUGCUCUUAUUUGGGCUCAACGAAAAGAGAAUGAGUCUUCCUCUUUAAUUAAAGAUCUGACAUGUAUGGUGAAAGAGCAAAAAACAAAACUUGCAGAGGUUUCCAAAAUGAAACAAGAAACAUCAGCAAAUUUACAGAAUCAAAUCAACACCCUUGAAAUUCUGAUUGAAGAUGACAAGCAGAAAAGUAUUCAAAUAGAACUUCUCAAGCAUGAAAAAGUCCAACUUAUUUCUGAACUAGCAGCCAAGGAAUCACUAAUUUAUGGUUUAAGGACAGAAAGAAAAGUAUGGGGACAAGAACUGGCACUACAGGGAUCUUCUCUAGCCCAAAAUCGUGGGAAACUUGAGGCAGAAAUCGAAACCUUGUGUAGAGAGAAUGAUUCUUUGCGAAAGGCAAGUGAGCGUGAUAAUGAUGCAUUAAGAAUUAAGUGCAAAAUCAUUGAAGAUCAAACUGAAACUAUUGGAAAAUUAAAAGAAUGUUUGCAGGAAAGAGAGGAAGAAAUAAAAGUACUACAAGAAAAGAUCAGUGAAAUACAAAAAUGUGCUCAAGAACAACUUGAUGAAAAAUCUUCACAGCUGGAUGACAUACUUGAGAGACUACAAAGACACAAUGAAAGAAAAGAAAAACUAAAACAGCAGUUGAAAGUAAAAGAAUUAGAACUUGAAGAAAUUAGAAAAGCUUACAGUGCACUUAAUCAGAAGUGGCAUGACAAAGGAGAACUUCUGAGUCAUCUUGAAAUGCAAGUAAAAGAAGUAAAAGAAAAUUUUGAAAACAAGGAAAAGAAACUUAAAGCAGAAAGAGACAAAAGUAUUGAACUACAAAAGGAUGCAAUAGAAAAGCUUCAUUGUAUGAAUGAUGCCUUUAAAAAAAAAGUUGACACAAUUGUUGAAGCUCAUCAAGCUGAAAUAAUACAUCUGACAAGUGAAAAGCAGAAAUAUAUUGAUAAUGCAAAUUUAAAGGUUUGUCAAGUUGAAGAAGAAAUGCGUGGACUUCUGGAAGAAACAUUCAAGAACAAAAAAGCAAUGGAAAUUAAAAUUAAGCAACUUGUUUGCGCUCUAAAAGAAAUUCAGCAAGAAAUGUGAUGGUUCUAUUAAUGAUUUUAAUUGAAAUGGAUCAGCAAAUCUAUUGUAAAAAUGAUUAAAUAUUGUAAUAGUAG